AUGCCUCCGAAUGACGUGCUUGAUCAACUCAUCACACAGUUUUUCGACUGCGUGGAUUGGUUCAUGAUGGUCUUUCACGAAGGAGAGUUUCGGAGACAGUACAGGAAUUUGAUAGCAUCUGUGGAUGUUUCAGCAUCAGACGGCAACAACAAUUUUCUAUGGCUCCUGUUGCUGGUCCUUGGCCUAGGUGCCCACUAUUCGUCCUUUACCGGAUCUCUGGGAGAGCGUCAGCAAAAUUUACAGGAUCUUUCUAAGAGACUCCUUGCCGAAAUCGAAUAUAAAUUCUUACCGAUUAUCGGCUCUCCUAAUGUGGAAGCUGUGCAAAUAUGUGUGCUGAUGGGAAGUUUUCAUCUGUUCAAUGGUCGACCUACCGUUGGGCUAGGAGUCCUGGGAAGUGGGAUCAAAAUUGCCCAGGUCAUUGGAUUGCACCGUGAAUCAAUGUGGCAGGGUGUCUCUGAUGUCGCACGGGAGACGAGACGACGGUCAUGGUGGGCUUUGGAAGUUGCUGACAAGUGCGUUGUUUCUACACACCCUGCAUCACUCCUGGCCGACCAACUCAUUGACUAUUUUCCAGAUACGCAGCCAUUGCCUUUGGGCGGCCGUGCACUAUAG